AUGGCCAGGCCGCUGAAGAGGACAGUGCCAGCUGACGAGCUGCCGCUGCUCGCGCUGCGCGCACACAGCCUGGAGAGCCUGUCUCCUCUCACCUGCCCCAGCCCAGGGCUCUGCGUACUGUCGGCGGUGUGCUGGAAGAACACGGCAGCCGUGGAGCACGGCGUGGGGGAGCCGGGCACACCAGACGUGCGUAACACGGUGGGCAACAUCCCCAUGGAGUGGUACCAGGACUACCCGCACGUCGGCUACGACCUGGACGGCAAGAGGAUCUACAAGCCGAUCCGAACCAAGGAUGAGCUGGACAAGUUCCUGGACAAGAUGGAGAACCCCGAUUACUGGCGGACGGUGCAGGACAAGCAGACGGGGGUGGACGUGAGGCUGACGGACGAGCAGGUGGAGCUGGUGCAGCGGUUGCAGAAAGGGCAAUUCGGAGACGUGCACCUUAACCCCUAUGAGGUAGGGGACCCUGCUGCCACCUCCAGGGCUGGGCCU